UGACAGAUGACAUUGUACCUUUUAUAUACACCUUUAGAGAUAACUCGACACUCAAUACGCCCUCGAACACUCGCGGCGUGCCCUAUGACAUAAUCGCGUCUGCCGAGCUCUUAUCGAUACCUCUGCGCCUCGUCUGCGCCGCAUUCACUCUCCAUGCAUCCUCCAAUCCGUCGAUAGGCCAGCGGAGAGGGCAAUGCAACCCCGAAUACCCAUACACGUGCAGUCGAAGCUGUUCGCCUACAUCGCAGCUGCCUGUCUCCUCCUCAUCACGUACUCGUCGACCCAAACGUCCUUCGCAAAGGCUGUCGAAAUCCCUACUGCACCUGAACGAGAGCACCUCUCUCCAACCGAACUGCCCUUACUCGUCGUCGCCGACCCCGUACGCAUUGAUGAUGGCGCUGUUGAAGAGGAGCAGAGCGGUGGCUAUGCGCCAGACUUCGCAUACUUCGCGCGCAGUCUGCUUGGACGCCAAGCUGAGGAGGUGGGCAAGCUGAAGAAUGACGAGAAGGCGGGAUUCGACAUCUCGCCCGAGACCACCGUCCACUUUGUGCUGGAGAAGAGCCAAUUGCAAGCUCGAAACGACCCAAGUGGCUUACUGAAUGCGCUGAACGCAAGGCGCCCAGACGACGCUUUCGAGAACGAGCAACAAGAGGAAAUUGACUCCAUAAGUGAGGCUGUGGGAUCUGGGCUCGCAGGCGAGACACUGGAGGUGCGGCAAGCAGCAUCAAAGAAGGUGUGGGUGUCAGCGAACACCUGUAAACAGCCUCUGCCGGGAAACAACGCAUCUUCCACAGGGGCACCUCAGCUUACCCUUUACGUCUCGACAUCAGCUCAGAACCAGAAGCCAGGUCCAAACUUCACAGAGAACCUUGCCACGAAUAAGACUGGCAUACCCUUCGAUAAUGGCUAUAUAUCGUUCGAAGUCAACGCUACGUCAGACGUCUAUAUUGGAAUCUCUGCGCCGAAGUUGAACGAAAAUUGGUUUGGGAGCUGGCACUUUGAAGUCGCUGCGAGUACCCACGGCUCUUAUCACAGCUACAACCGGACAAAUCCCUUCCUCUUCAUGGUUGACACUGACAGCGAGUCUACACUGUUCAUUACCUACAACCUUACCGACUCCAAUAAAGAGGAGGACAUCGCAAAAUGGAACAACUCAAAUCCAUUUGCCAUGUAUGCCUUUCCAGCUGGCCGAUCACCGGUUACGGGCAUGGAGAACUCAUACUGCGCACUCAAGCAACAGUUCAACUCGACUAACAAUAUCACCGUCAAGACGCAGAUCACGACCAAAUUCGGUGCCGGCUUUCCCAAAAGCCAGUUCAACGUCCACAAUUUGAGCAAUGCCCAGACAUACAAUGGGUAUCUAGUAGUUGAAGGCAAUCAGGACACAGUAGACUUGCCCGGUGUCGGCAGAGUGCGUGCUGGCGGCAAGGUCUUUCAGCAGUUCAAUUGGACCACAAAAGCAGACGAUUCAUGCCAAGUCUUAACGGACCUUGACUUUUGCGACACCGUUGCUUAUGCUGUUCCAUCAUCUCCUGAAUUCAAAUUUGAUGACGACAAGUUGAAAGCGCUGUACGAUGGGCAGGCGAAGAAGUACUUCAAGAACUUCUCGAACUCGCUCGAUCAAAUUGCUUGCGACGCACCCUCGACUGCUCAGUAUUCACUUGCUCGAAACUGCACUAACUGCCGAGAGGAUUAUAAAGCAUGGCUUUGCUCUGUCUUGAUUCCAAGAUGUGAGGAUUGGACAGCCAACGAUGGAUGGCUCAUACCCCGGAACAUCAAUGCCAACUUUUCGGACGGAACCUACCCUUUUGCGGACAACAUGACCGCCGAGUUCAACGCGACUAUGCGUGACCGUUUCGGAUACAGCAAAAGCCGUAAUCCUAUGAUCGAUGAAAAGAUCAAGCCAGGUCCUUACAAGGAGAUGCUCCCGUGCGAGGAUCUGUGUUUCGACAUAGUCAGAAGUUGUCCUGCACAACUUGGUUUUUCAUGCCCUAACAUCCCUGCGAGGGCUCUGCAGUACGGCACGCGGGAUCCAAACGGGAAUGUUUUGCAGUGCAGUUUCCCUGGGGCUGUCGUCAAGCUGAACGUGCAAAGCGAUGCUAAUUUCCCUAGCGUCCCGUCAGGCAACGUCGCGCUUGUCGCUCUGAUGCUCCUGACAAUGUUUGUCAUCUCGUGGUAAGCCGAUUAAACGCGGGAAAAGGCAUGGGUUUGGCGUAAUGGUUUAGUGGAGCGGGAGUCAGUGCAUUUCUAGGCGUUUGAGGACAGGCGAGUGUAUGUAAGCGAUAUGAAACGUGUUGUAAGAACCCUAGUCGCCUCCACGCUGGAUAGACGCAUUGGAAGAACUAUUACCAUGCUCAUGUACCUAUACGAAC